GUGUCUCACCACUGCGAGCCUGUGAGCCAAGUUAGCUGUUGGUGAGGAGGUGAAGCCAACCAUGGUACUUCAGCUCAUCCUUAGACAGCACAACGAGCUAUCAACAUUGUUGAUGGAGAUGGUUAAAUCGACUGGAUCCUCUUCCAUACCCAUGUACAUGUAUUCAGUUGUAGGGAGGAUAUCAUCCAUGUGAUCGCCCUGUCCUACUGCCUCAUCAAAGUUCCUGCCUUCAGGCUCAAACUCCAUGGAGGACUCGAUGGCUUCAGACAAAAGGGGAUCUCUGUGUCCAGCUGAGUUUCCCAGCACCCUCAACAGGAACGCCCCACAUCUUUCUAGGAUGCCAAGACACACCAGGCAGGCAUCGAGUAUACAUGUCCAAGAUGUGAGUCUGGGUUUAUUGAGGAGCUGCUGGAGGAGAGAAGUGCUGACAAUGGUUCCAUGUCUACCAUCUCCAGCGGGCCCCAGAACCAGCAACCAUUUGAGAAUGCAGACCAGCACUUGUUUACAUUCCCUUCUGGCUAUGGUCAGUUUGCCCUGGGUGUCUUUGAUGACAGCUUUGACUUUGGGGCUGGACUGGGAACCGAGGACAACCGUGAUGCUGAAAACCGGCGGGAAAGGGAAACGGCAUCACGGCAACGAUAUGGCGCCAGGCAACCGAGAAGUCGUCAUGGUUCAAGACGACAAGCAGGGAGGAAUGAGGGAGUUCCCACGUUAGAGGGAAUCAUUCAGCAGCUAGUGAAUGGAAUAAUUGCACCUACUGCAAUGCCAAAUAUUGGUGUUGGACCAUGGGGUGUUCUUCACUCAAAUCCUAUGGAUUAUGCGUGGGGUGCUAAUGGACUAGAUGCUAUUAUAACACAGUUAUUAAACCAGUUCGAGAACACGGGACCCCCACCUGCUGAUAGGGAUAAAAUAAAAAGUCUUCCUACAGUACAAAUAACAGAUGAGCAUGUUGCUUCAGGAUUGGAAUGUCCAGUGUGUAAAGAAGAUUACAGUGUUGGAGAAAACGUGAGGCAGCUCCCGUGCAAUCACAUGUUCCACAAUGAUUGCAUAGUACCCUGGCUGGAACAGCAUGACACGUGUCCAGUGUGCAGGAAAAGCUUGAGUGGACAGAACACAGCCACCAACCCUCCAGAACUAUCAGGGAUGAACUUUACCUCCUCCUCUUCUUCCUCCUCGUCCUCUUCAUCUUCCUCUACCCCUCAGUCCUCAAGUUCAACCAGCAAUGAGAACUCCACUGAUAACUCAUAGAAGAACAUUUGUCCAUCUCACCCUAUGAGCUAUGAGUCUAUAGCUCCUAUGUUGCUGUACUUCAGAGCAGAGACCUCCAAUGUCUCCCAGCAAAUAGGGCAGAGACCUGAGUGCAUCUGACCAGGAGCACUCAGAGGUAAGUGAUACAUGAGAUCCAUGUAUUUCUGCCAGUCCUCUUGCUCCCACCUUCAUCAGGAAUCUGAACAAAGGAAGGGUGGAGGCCUGGAGUGCAGCUUCUGACAGGGAGGAUGUGGAGAAGCAUGGAAAAGGCUUCAUCUGCCUGAAUCACCUCAUACAGGAGAGGAAUCCAAAGGUAGAAGACUUGUGACAACAAGACAGUUGCUGUUCAUUUCUUUUUUAAAUCUCCAGACUUGUAUGAUUUAAAAUGACCCACUUUUUGCUAAUGAAGAAAAAAAGAAAUGUACAGUUAUUCUUUUUAUAAGUAGCAUUCAUAUCUCACAGAUAAGAUGAACUUAAGUGCACUGUAGUGCACUGUUUAAGUGUGCACUUGAUUUUCUUCAUGGUUUGGAGGGAUAUUACAUGUGAUUCCUUUAAUUCUCAACAAAAUUGCAAUUAUUUUAUUGUCAAGAUCCACUUGCAGUUUUAAGAUAACCAGACCAGAUAACAGGUACCAUUGUUUGCACUUGAAAUAAUGCGUCAAAUUGCAGUAAUUUUGUGUUGUUUAGAUAAUGAUGUGGAUAAAUAAUCAUUAAUUAAUUACACAUGUAAGGCAUUUUAUAUUUUAUCCUGCAAGCCUAAAAAUGUGGAUCAGCUUUUCACAUUAUACACUUAGAAACAUUUCGGUGCAUUUGUGUAUUUUAACUUAAAGGUAAAUUAAAUAUUUUCUAAAGUUGCCAGUUGAAAAACUAUUGAUUUGCAGUAUGAACAUGUACAAAAAAACAAGAGAACUAAUAUUAAAAUAAAGAUGUUUGGGUGCUAUCACUCAAAAUACAUGUAAAUCAUUUUCAUUGUGUGUGUAUUUAUACUAUUCUUUGAAGGGCUAAUUGUCAUGAAUUUAAUAUCAGCAACUCAUAAAAUGGACUUUUAAACAUUCUGCUGCAAAAUGGA